UAUGUCAAAAUUUUCGUAAGCUUAACUUUAUCCAAAAUUCGUUGUGUUAUUGUCUCAAAAAAGAUCCUGAAAAUCUAACAAAAAUGUGGGAAGAAAUGUGCCAGACCUGUGAAGAUUACACCUACGGAUGCGUCUAUGCGCAGUACACCGAGACCAGUUGCGUCUAUCCUGAGUCCACGCAAAUGAUAAGCUGUGACGUCAACGAAAAUUUCAGCGUCGACCCCAACUACUACUGCUCGUUGACGAUGAACAACAACAACGCGAGUACAAACAACAACAACAGCACAAGCAACAACAACAAUUUAGUGAACUCCGGUCAGAACAAGCUCGACCAGCAAGAGCAACCGGACAGUGACACGAUAAAAAUGUUCGUCGGACAAGUUCCACGAUCGAUGGACGAGAACGAACUCAGAAGGAUGUUCGAGGAAUACGGACGGGUGCAUUCGAUCAACGUGCUCAGAGACAAGGCCACGGGCGCCAGCAAAGGCUGUUGCUUCGUGACGUUUUUCACCAGGAAGGCCGCCCUCAUGGCGCAAGACGCCCUUCACAACGUCAAGACACUCAACGGGAUGCACCACCCCAUCCAAAUGAAACCGGCCGACAGUGAAAACAGAAACGAAAGGAAACUGUUCGUGGGCAUGCUGGGCAAGAAACUGUGCGAGAACGACGUCCGGAACAUGUUCAACGGGCACGGUGUGAUCGAGGAGUGCACGGUGCUACGGGACCCGUCCGGUAACUCCCGCGGUUGUGCGUUCGUCACGUUCGCCAGUAAACAGUCAGCCCUCAGUGCCAUCAAAGCUUUACACCAGUCCCAAACCAUGGAGGGAUGUUCGGCUCCACUGGUAGUCAAGUUUGCCGACACGCAAAAGGAGAAGGAGCAGAAGCGCCAGCAGCAGAUGCAGGCGAGCGUGUGGAACGUACUGGCGACGGCUCCACAGCUCCAGUCUCCGCCGCAACAGUACUCACCGGUGCUGCCCAACGACCAGCUGCAGUUCCUGCAGGCGAUAGGUGGCCAAGGGCUGCUUCAACAGCAGCAACUGUUGCCGGACAAUCUGCUCGCGCCCAUCGGGGUGCAGAACCUGAUGACGUUGGCGACAAUGGCUCAACCGACGGCGGCGGCGGCCGCUGCCGCGCCUCUCUGUAUGGCCAAUUUGCUGGGCAAAAGUUCCAAUGUGGAAAGGUCGCUGACGGCAGGACUGCAGUCCGGUAUGUCCACGCCUGACCUGUCGUCGUAUGGGUCGCUCAUCACGAAUGCGACGAUUAAUGCGGCGGCUAUGGCGGCAGCUGGAAAGCAGAUUGAAGGUCCGGAAGGCUGCAACCUUUUCAUCUACCACCUGCCCCAGGAAUUCACGGACACGGACCUAGCGUCCACGUUCCUCCCUUUCGGACCAGUGAUAUCAGCCAAGGUGUUCAUAGAUAAGCAAACGAACUUGUCAAAGUGUUUCGGUUUCGUGUCGUUCGACAACGCGUCGUCGGCACAGCAGGCCAUCCAGGCGAUGAACGGUUUCCAAAUCGGCACGAAAAGGCUGAAGGUGCAACUGAAAAGGGCCAAGGACGCGUCCAAACCCUACUAGUUAGCCAAAGAGACGUUUUUUGUAAUAAAAAACAAAAGCCAGUCAACCCCCCCGUAAUAAAAUCGUACACACACACAGUGCACCCUGCCAGUGCAAGUUCCCUUCUCAGGAUCUAGCAGCUAUUUUUAAGAACUGUGAGAUAUUUUUACUAGUUAACUGCGGUCUUUGAUCGUUGUAAAUUUAUUAAAAAAAUGCAAAAAUUAUGUAUUUAAUAAAAAAUAAUGCAGAACCGACUAGAUUUCACAGGCCGUAUCGUUGUUCGAAAACGAAGCCAGAUUGAUCCUUCCACCACCUGACAAUCCAGCAACACCAGCACAAUGAAACUACUAUGUAAUUUGUAUCUAUGUACAUAAUAUACACGAUGAUUUUUACGACAAUCUUGUAUGUUUUAUCCACGUUGUUGUUUCCUUCGCUCAUUUGGUGUUGUUGUUGUGGUUGCGUUGGAGUUGACGAUUGGCCGUGGUGGAACGGUCCGUCAUAGCAAGAAAACAUAUCUUAGUUUUAUUGAAAAAGGAACACGGUAGUUUCUUUAGUCCAAAGAUAUUUUUAAUACAAGCCAAAAUCUAUUUGUUAAAGAUAUAUAAUAUAUUUUUAAUAUAAGCUUUGAAAUUAGUACUAGACAUUAAUUUAAGGGCAGCAAAGGCAGUACUUAACGAUUCACAUUUAGUUAGCAUUUUAUACGUUUUGGAUCCAUUUAUAUUUCUAACAGCGGUCCAAGAUCGAAAAAAAACGUAAUAUACGUUUUGGUCUUUUUAUACCAAAAAUUAAUGGUAGAUGAAAUAUAUAGUUUGUAAGUAAAUGGCCUGGCUUCAUUUGUGAUGUAGCGGAGUUUUAAGUUCGGUUCGUUGGAUGUAGUCGGUUCUGGCAGACGAAUGACGAGGAUGUUUCGGUAACGACUGUUAUGUUAUUUGGAUAAAAAAAAAAUUUUGUACUGUUUGGUUCGAUAGGUUUUUUUUUCUUUCUUGUAAUACUGUGUCUCGUGGCGUAAGCGCGUAAGGCAUCCUCUGUUGUUUAGUUUAUACCUAGGCCAUUUCAUGUUGAGUGAUUAUUAUGUUUUUUUUCUUUAGUUUUUUUGGAAGUCCAUCUACAUUAUUAUAUAUUACCCUUAAAUUAUGAGCAUGUAUGAUUUGAAAUGUACCUUUUAUUUUCUAUUGUUAUUAAAACCAAAGUUAGACCAAA